UGGAGGUGUCCGAAGGCCCCCCCCCCCCCGUCUUCGAAACAAAACUAACCACCACUCCUUUCGUCUCACCUUCUGCCUCUCCGUCGAGACAUCUCCUCUCAUUCAUACCUUUUUUCCUUUUUGGUUCGUUCCCCUUUCUCAGACGCCCGACUCUCGAAAAAUCCUAUCGAAAUCAUCGUCCACGUUCCUCAUAGGUUCGUUAGUUGAUCGCAGUCGAACCUCGUUUCCUUUGCCCACCAUGACGAAACGAACAACCUUCACAACAAUUACUCCGCUUCCACCCGACCUCUCUCGCGAGACUGUCAUCAGCUUCUUUCAUAACCACCUGGAGAUGAUUGAUCUCAACCCCCUUAUCAAAGAGCGACACCCUAUUUCUCCCCCGGCCAAUGCGCCCCCAGACGAAAGGCAUUGCAUCUGGUACUCCCUCACCGAUGAGAUUUCGUAUCUCCCCGGCAUCCCUGCCGCCUCCUCGAAUGUCUCCUACACUUGCGCCUUCCACGACCUGCCCGACGGCUUACAGACACAUUGCUAUGCUCCUAUGGGCCUGGACAUUCGUGAUCGAUGGUCCGUCGGCGGCACCCUUCCCGGCGAACCGCAAGAACCGCAGGAACUAGGCCUCGGCGCACCGCGAACCGGCCUCUACAUCCGCGAGGAUGUCGACAUUCGUUGCAACAUCCUCAUGGCCUCCUUUGUUAAGAAGACUCUCAAGAAGAGCCACGGCGCGCUCGUCGAGAAACUCCGGUCUCGGGCGGUGUCCUCUCAGUACUCGAACCCUCACACUAGGGUCGACGGCCCUCCACCUACGACAGCGCCGUCGCGACCCCAACGCCCCCAACGCCCCCGAUCCGCCGAUACUCCCUCGCGCAUUCAACCCGAUAGCCAGAUGGUGUAUCAGCUAGGUAACUCACACCAGGGGAACGGGAGUAGAAAUCGGCUCACGAGCAGAAAAACUGAGGAUGUCGCUCAUGGCAGCGCGAACCACCAGAAACAACACAGCCAUCGACAGAAACAUGGUAAACAACGGAGCAAAGACAGUUUCGGCAUCCCCUACUCCCAGACACGGCAGUCACAACCACCCCAGAUGCAACAGCAACCGCCCAGCAUGUCGCACGUGUAUCAAUACUACCCCCCGCAACUCGCCAUCGCAAAUCAUAGUACGCCGUCCCUCACACCAACCACGACCUCCGCAUCGUCUUCUGGGAACAGGUCCGAGAACUACUCGCCCAGCGAAGUGCCUUCGCCUCUCCGCAUCAGGCAUCAGUCCAACGGCUCUGCCGGCCACAGUAUGGACUUGCUCCUCGACCGCGAUUCAAAGGUCGACGUCUCGUGGCAACAGCAGCAGCAACAACAACAGCAGCAGCAACAGCAACAACAACAGCAACAACAACAGCAACAACAACAACAACAACACCAGAACCCCCAAUCAUUCCACGAGCCCCCACCACGUCGUCCUCAAUACCGGCCAUCGUCGGACAAGGCCGGUCCGCCGCAGGAAAACACCGCCGCCAGCGUCUACCUAGACCUCGUGAAACGGAACCCUUACGAUUCGUCGCCCGACACGCCACGCUCACACUCACACUAUCACCGCCAGGAUGGGUUCGUCGUGUCCGAGCUAGCUGAUCAGCGACAGCCACCCCCGAAACGAAUCCACGAGCUUCCUCCCCAGCACCCUACAGCUCUCCGUCCCGGGGUGCCAGGGAGGGUCGCGAGGAUCCAAGCCGACGGGCGACCUUAUCCAGAGCUGGAAUGACAUCGCAGCGCUUCCACCAGCGAAGACAGUUGAAGAAGAAAAACAAGGUGCACAUGUGAUGGAGGGUUUUCUGAACGGGAGGCUACACGUGCAGGGGCACGCGGCAGAAGCACAUGGCACAUGGCACAUGGCACAUGACACAGGGGACUCGACUCGUCGGUUUCGAAGUGGUACGGAGUAGGCAUUGUGGUUGCAUCGUCUCUUCUUAUUUGCAUGUAUGAUGAUACCUUGUAUGUUUGGGAGGGGGGGACCCGACGUCGGCAACGGUACUUAUACCCUUUUCUGUCUGCUCAGUUCGAAUGACAACACGGUAUGG